UGUGGCCGUUUUGCUCCGGAUUACUUUUUAUCGCUUUCAUUUUGCAGUGAAUUUCAAUUUAUGUGAUUAAUUAGCGGGAAGCAAAAAAUCAUUGUGUGUUUGGCAUUAAUAAAAUAAAAACAAAAUCACGCAUCGAGAUAAUUAAUACUCGUAUUUGUUCAAAGCAAUUAAUCGGCGUGCAGCACAUUAAAAGACAUUAAAAUAUGCAUGCUGUACAUUAUUUGUGUUGCUCGCCAUGGCGAAUGUGUUGAAUAAUAAAUUUAAAUUUUGGCCUUCUUUGGUUGAGUUUUUUAUGGCAAUAAUUUUUCGUUUAUGAUACGUUGUUGUUAAUAUACUACAUACAAGGUUUAAUAUUUACACCCAGAAGGAAGCGUCAGAGACCCUAUAAAGUAUAUAUGUAUAUAUAAAUGAUCAGUAUGCUGAGCUGAGUCGAUUUAGCCACGUCCGUCUGUCUGUCUGUCUGUCCAUAUGUAUAUAUACGAACUAGUCCCUCAGUUUUUAAGAUAUCGUUUUGAAAUUUUGCAAACGUCAUUUUCUCUUCAAGAAGCUGCUCAUUUGUCGGAACCGUCGAUAUUGGACCACUAUAACAUAUAGCUGCCAUACAAACUGAACGAUCGGAAAAAGUGCUUGUAUGGAAAACUUUCACAUUUGACAAUGUAUCUUCACAACUUGGCACAGGAUAAUAAUGUAAUAUACGAAGAAAUUGUUCAGAUCGGUUAACUAUAGCAUAUAGCUGCCAUACAAACUGAACGAUCGGAAAAAAGUUCUUGUAUGGAAAACUUUCACAUUUGACAAGAUAUACUCACGAAAUUUGAUAUAGAUUAUUUCCUAAGGCAACAAUGUAAUCUCCGAAGAAAUUGUUCAGAUCGGCUUACUAUAGCAUAUAGCUGCCAUACAAUCCGAACGAUCGGAAUCAAGGGCUUGUAUGGAAAACUUUCGCAUUUGACGUGGUAUCUUCACGAAAUUUGACAUGAAUUACUGCUUAAUUUCCGAAGAAAUUGUUCAGAUCGAAUUACUAUAAAUGCACGUGUGAAGGGUAUAUUAGCUUCGGUGCAGCCGAAAUUAACGUUUUUUCUUGUUUUCAUUUGUUUCAGUUAAAUGAAUAAAAACAAAAAGAUGGCAAGUUCUUUAAAAAUAUUUAUAAUAGCCUUCUUAAAACUUUUUAGUUUUGAAAAUUAGCUUUUUUCGAAACAAAUUUCCAACAGGUCCAACAUCGAUUAAACUUCCAUUUUGAUGGGGCCCUGCCUGAAGUUUCACAAUCAAUUUUUUUGUAUGAAAAUUACUGCUGUUUUAACGCACCUCGUUCAAUGUAGAAUAUGAUCUUAUUAUCAAAUGGGAAUUCGGAAUUCUUUUAUAUAUGUAGAUAUGUCAAUUACAUUGCUCCAAAAAUUAUUAAAUUAACAAUUUGAAGUUCCUUUGGGUGCUAUAUAAAAUUGAAUAAUUUUUUUAUUUUUUUUAGUUUUAGCAUUUUUUAUUAAGUACACUGACGAGCGCGAAAAUCGCAAUGAAAAGCUUUUAAGUUACAGUAGCCAUAUUUACUGAGAUCAUGUUGUUUUUUAGUGCUUUAAGUAGAUUUUUAUGUUGAAGAAGAAAAUCCAAAUGCGGGCAUUUUCACUUGAAUUAAAAAAUGUAAUUAAUUAAUUUCUAAUUUUCCCUACGCUCUUUAAAACAUACACGGUUCGCUUUCCCUUUCGAAUUUUCUCAUCUGCUUCUGCGCUUAGCUUUUUAGUUCUAAAGCUCAGGCAGAAUAGAGCGUUUCUAAUAUGACAAGGAAUUCAACAUCACUAUUUUCAUUGCCGCUACUGUAGGCAAUAUGUUGUUUGUGGUAAACGCGUUCCUUGUGUUUUUAUGAAAAAAUUAUGUUAAAUCGAUUGAUGACGAAUGUGUUCGGAGAUAAACCCAAUUGAAUUGUAAACCAAACAAUUAAAACAUUUUUUGUAAUUUUUAUUUAUUGCCGUUGUUGUUUUAUUGAAAUGACAAAACAAUUGGGAACAAUUAGUAAACCACUCAUCAACUCAGCCAUGUCAUUUAAAAGUCAUUAGGGCAAGUAAUUUCGCAGCGUAACGAGUUCCAGCGAAGAGGCUUGUCUGUCUGGGUCAGGUGGGCGAUGACUUGGACAAGUGUAAAAUUACUACUGACAAAUGGUAUUGAAGAGCAUUGACUAAAGUGGAGCAACGAAAAAAUUCCCAUAAUACAAUAGUAUCGUCGUAAUAAAUGGCACAACGAUUGCAAUGCAACAUGCUGUGUCUUUUCAUCUGUUGCAUGCUUAUCGGCUACUCGUGGCAGUACUGUUACCAGCUGAAAAUACUGAGCUUUCGCAGCACCGACACGCCCGAUUACCGACUUGUCAUGGACUGGCAGAAGAAUAUGACUUUAACCGCGUCGACGUACGUCCGAAAAGCAGUCGCAACGCCGACCUGGCACCUCCAACUGCUCCAAUUGAACACCAAACGCAAUCAGCUGGGCAAAAUCGAGCCGCCGAAGUCGCUCUACAACGCCACCUAUAAGACGUGUGAGUUUUGGAAGUAUGUGAAGCGCAUACGGGUCUUCAACAAUGUGGCACAGCAGCUGCUCUCCAAGAGUGGUGGCAACAUGAGCCUAGACUGCCCCUUAUCGGUGGGCACGUAUGUCUUCAAAAAUAUACACGUGCCACCUGACACCGGCAUGCUGAAGUUCAUGUACUGGCCCAACACGAUCUACACACUGCUCGGCACGGUCUACGAUCAGCGGCCGAACAAGACUUUGGAGAAAUUAUGCCACUACGAGAUCAACGGCACUGUUAUCAAGUCGUGUUAAAUACCAUAUUGUUUCGGAGUAUCCCAGAAAACCAGUUAACUGUAAAAAAAGCAUUGAAAAACUUGCACUUCUUCGUCGAGUUAGUUUAAAGUCUUCCGAAAAUAAGCAAAUUUGAGUCUUUGGAA